AUGGCGCUUGUUCUGAUCACGGAUAGCGUGGAAGUCUUGAAGCGUGCCUCCUUCAUGGGUUCAUUCCUGGCUAGCAGCCUGGGGUCCCCACCCUCCCACCCUACUCACCCCUCAGGACCUGCUGCCUCCCCUUCUUCCCCCUCCUACAGGGCUGGACCCCAUUCAAAUGCUUCCCCUAUCUGGUACCCGCAUUCACAUGAAGGGUACCCCAGCUAUUCAGGAAGUCUCGCGUCUCCUUUUCUCCCCAUGAGUCCCCUGGAUCACCAUAGCAACAGCCUCUACGGACAGCACCGCUUCUAUGAAACUCAAAAAGAUCAUUUCUACCUGAGAGGCCUUCCUCCUCAGCCCCCUCUGCUCUCCACCAGUCACAGCCUUCCUCCAUUGUCCAGGACCGCACCAGGACACCCACUUGGCUCUUGCAGCAGGGAGACAGACAGUGGGGGAGUUGGUGGCAAGAGCACCAAGGAUAUUGGUGAGAAAAGUGUUUCAUCUGUGUCAAAGGAAAAGGAACGAUCAAGCAGCAAGGAGCGGCACCAGGAGGGCAAAGACAAACUUAGCCAUCACCAUCCUCAUCAGAUGAGCCCUGCUACCACUCCCUCUGGCCACCACCAACAAGCUUUCCCCCAUCCUGCCCUUCUUCCUCAUCUCACCUUCCAGGGAAGGGAGGAAGACCACAGACACUCUGCAGAGCGGCACAAAGAGUACAGAGACAGUGACUCGGGCAGUCAGGGAGUGAAACAUAUGAGUGCCUGUAAAUUGUCCUCUGGCUCAGGGGCAGAGGCUGGCUCUCGAGGAAAGGUGGGAGCACUAAGCAGCUGCAGUAGUGGUGGUGUAGGUAGGCCUCCAUCUGGAGGCAGCAGAAGGUGCUCAAAAGAGGGACCUAUAAAUGGGGAGAUGAGGAUCAGUGAAUCCUCAGCUCCAUCAUCUGAAUGUAUGAGACGAGGGACGGCUGCAGCAACAGCAAUCUUGGCACCUCCAACUCCCCACUCAGUGGCUUCCUACUCUAUGCCCCCUCCUCCUCCUCCACCACCUCCUCCCCAUGCUUUACACAUAGGAUCCUCAGUUGCGGGAGGAUGGCUACACCAUGCCCAUCAUCAUCCUCAUCCUGAGUUUUACUGCGCUCCUGCUCCUCUCACGCUUACUCCCUCCAAAGAUCCAGCAUCCACUCCUGGAGGAUCUGGCAGGGAGGCAAAGGUCAUUGGCCCAACUUAUGUGCCCUCAGUUGGGCCACUGGGGGACCUGGGGGUCCCUGACUGUCGUGGAGCAGGAGGAGGAGGGAGAAAAGCAGAUGAUAAAAGCGGAGAAGGAUCUUAUGAAAGUCCCUCUCAUCACCUCAGCCAACUUAGUAGCUGCCAAAAGAAGGAAAAAUCUCAGCAACACCAGCAGCAGUUGGGAUAUGGCAAGGCUGACAAACCUCCCGAUUGGAGCAUCCAGACGCAACACUUCCACAAACACAGCUCCAACGUGAACUCUCAGCCUGAACUGCGAUCUUGUAGCCUGGAAACUUCUUCAUCCUUCAGAGAUGUUGAGAUUGUGGACAAUGUUUACCGACCCUCACUCGCGCCAGAUGUCCAGGAGAAAAAGUCUGGUGAACAGGGCUUAUCAAAGAAUGUUCCUGAUGCCAGCACUUCUCCCUUUAGGGACUGUUCCCAUUCAGGUUCUGAUGGGAAGGUGGGAUCGGGUGCAGCAUCUCCAAGGGAGGGCCAAAAGGUUGCAAGGAUAAGGCACCAGCAGCACAGUAGCCAUGGAGCAUGUGUAGAAGAGAGGGGAAAAGACGGAACUCAGACAGCACUUUCAUGGGGGGUGCGAGGGGACCACCAAGAGGACCAGAGAAAAGGCGCUAAUCAUGCUUCACUUGGUAAAGGUGAACUAAAAGGGCUCAGCAGCAAAGCUCCACACAAUGAUCCCAACCAGCCCCAUUCUCAGCUGCCUCCACCCCUAUCCUCCUCAUCGCACACCACUGACAGUGAGGGCAGUGCCAUGAAGAACCUAAUGAACUACAGCUCCCAGCAGCCUUUGCUGCUGCCACAGAGGAGCCCUUUUGGAGGUCUGGGCUGCCUCAAGCAGAGUGGAGACAGAUCAGAGAAGGGGGACAGAGGAGGAGCUAAAAGCAGCACCUCCCAGCAGGACCCUCCCAAGCAGUCGCUGCCUCCUCGCCGAAGCUCCACUAAUGAGGGAGAGAAAAGUGACAGAGGUGGAAAGGAGGCAGGGGAAACAGGAGAGGGGGAGGUACGACAGCCUCCAGUGGGUAUUGCAGUUGCAGUAGCCAGGCCCCCCCAUCGUUCCCCAGACAGCACCCCUGGCCACAGCAGACAAGGCAGGGUACUGCCCAGCAUGAAAGGGGUGUCACGCCCUGUGUAUCCUCUCGGUCGGGAGGCGGAGGAGAGGAAGAGGAUGACCGAGGACCAGAUUAGUCUUCAUCACCUAGACAGAGACAGAGAAAUGAUCAUCAGGGAAAACAAGGAUUGCAUGGAGUUCGCCAGGAUCCACCCUUCUAGCAGCUGCCACGGCGAUCUGACCUCUCACCUCUUGGUCCCUGGAGGAACAAGCCAGUUAGGGGCUGAUCCUGCUGCACAUGCUCACCCAGCUCACCACCACUGGAUGCAGAGAACAGGAAGUCCCUCCCUCUGGAUGGGACAUUCAUACAGCCUGAGUCAUGUGGGAAUGAGUCCCGGGUUUCCACCAGGUUUGCCCAGCACUCUGCAGCCUGUCUUGGGGUCACUUACGCAAGACCCCAACACCCCACUAAUGGUUCUUCCAACAGAACCAGGUCCUCAUCAUCACCUUGAUGUUCUAGAGCCUUCAGGGCUAUGGCCUCCUGUUUAUGGAGGCAGAGGCCCUCCUCCUCACCUGCAGCAUCACCCAGUCUACUCCCGUCCUUCAUUCCUGCGGCAACAGGAUCUGUACGCCCUGCAGCAUCAGCACCACCAGCAGCAGCAGCGAGCCAUGGAGCACAUGCAGCGCCAAUCAUUAGGACAAAGAAAACAUGACGACAACACCAUCACUGUGGAAGAUUCAACUCAUCAAUCUCCACCCUCCAGGACUCCCUCUUCUUCUUCUUCUUCCACGUCCACUGCCUCCUCCCAUGCAGCCAAACCCUUCUCUCACACCCCGCCUCCACCUAAGACAUCCACACCAUCUCCGGGAAUGUGCCCCAGUAGUCGUCAGUCACCCUGCUACCACUCCCCUUCCACGCUUGUGCACCCGCCAAAUCCUCUGACCCCUGCACCGAGCCCAGCUGCAGCAGCUCCACGGUCCCCAGCCCUCAGUCCCGCUCCCUCACACCUCUCUAAAGGGCUGGAGAGGGGCAGUGACAGAGGAGAAGGACAGCCACCUCAGGACUACCCACAAUCCCUCGAACCAGACUUGCCACCUGUUUAUACUUACCCUCCAAUCACCAUGGGUUACAAGGCCGGGCCCUCGCCUCCAGAAGCUCGACUGGCUGAACAACCUAUGGUGGAGGAUGAGCCAGCAGAGCCUGACUCCAAGUCCCUCCCACACCAGUGCCACAUCAAGCCUCUCAGUAUAGAAGAUGAAGAGCUGAGGAAAGAAGACAAUGAGAGAGUCUGUGAAGUGGUGGAAUCCCAGUGUGGACUUACAGAGGAGGCGAAGCAGGAAACAAAAGGCUGCUCGGUCUCUCAGCCUCAAAGUGAGAUUUCUGGAUUGCCGCCAUGCCCUUUCCCAGCUCCAGUCCCAGAUCCAGCCUGCCCAGCCACAGCCACAGGCAAAACCCUAAAAGUAGAGCUCUCCCUGGGUUGCCCGGGCCAGCAGGCUGGCCUGGAGGAGCCCCAGCUACCCGAAGAGCAGGAGAAUGAUAGGGAGCAUGGAAAAGAGGACAUCGAGGGGCAUGAGGGAGAGAAAAUGGAUCCUGAACCAACAGACUGUACAGUCUCUGCGCCUGUAGAGCCUGGAGAAGUGGAGGCGCAAGAGGAUAGGCACAAAGAAGGAGAGAAUGUAGAGGUAGUUGAGGAUGAUGAGGAGGGGGAUGGGAGAAGUCCAAGUGAGGGCUUGGUGGAAUUAACAUGCAGCUCUCCUGCUCCUUCCACAUCUGCUGACUCAAUCCACCCUUCAACGGAAAGUACAGCAGCCCAGCUCCAAGGGGCCUACAUGUGGAGCCUGGAGCUCCUAAUUGCUGCAGCUCUGUGUGCCACCAGAGAUGCCUUGUACCCACCUGCACCUGUUGACCAGACCCCAUGCCCUUCAGCUAACCACGGCAUGGAGAUACUAGGGGAACUGGCUGAAUUGGAGAUCCAGCAGAGGAGCAGGGAGAGCAAAGAAGGAGACACUGAAGGUGAAGACGGGCUGACCUUUGACCUCCACAGUCUGGCAACGCUGGCAGCUGCCCGCGCCCUGGAAAUGGGAGGAGGAGGGGCCACAGAUGUGGACGCCGCUGUUGACCAGCAGUGUCCAAUCAGAAAGAGGCUCAACCUGCGCAGGAAGUGCAGCUGGACGCCUCGACACGAGCCGGUGUGCCCAGUGAAGGGCUCCAUGGAGACCAUGGGAGGGGAGGAGCUGGCCAUGCGUGUCCAGCUGGCUGAGCUACAGCGCCGCUACAAAGAAAAACAGAGAGAACUGGCCAAACUACAGAGGAAACACGACCACCAGAAAGAGGAGACAUCUCGAAGCCCUGCUCGCCGGGGGCCUGGCCGCCCCCGUAAGCGCAAGUCCACCCCCAGCCCAGCUGCUGUAGAGAGCUCCAAAAGACUCAGGGCUGGACUGAAUGUACUGGAGGAAAAAGCCAGGAAUCCAAUGUCCAAUCACAACUUCAAAAGCCUCAGCACUGCACAGAUGAAAGCUCGUUGUAAGCACAGAGGUCGGCCCAGCGCCCUGAGCUCCAGGCUGGCCAGGCGGGUGACCCAGCUGAAGCAGAAAGCUGCAGCCCAGCGUGGUCUGCAGUCAAGAGACAUGCUGCACAGUAGCGAGAAAAACGCCUCCAAGAGUCACUGCAGACAAGGAGGAAAAGACCUGCAGCAGGACCAGGCAGCCACUCAGACCGUGAAGAGGAAGAGAGGGCGAAAGCCCAAAGCACCGAUGGACAUCAACCCAAGCAGAAGCCACCACAAGGACAGCCGGGCCGCUGAGAAACAUGAAGCACACGGAGAGAAGAGCGAUAGUGAAAGCUCAGAGCACGAGGAAGACGCCAGCUAUGACAGCGAAGAUGGAGCCGAUGACAUCAAGAUUAGCUCAUCCUCUAAAGAGGCUCCUGCAAACCCUGCUGGGAGCAUAUCUUUUUCAUCACAGUCCUCCAAGCUACAAACAAACCAGAAAGCCAGGAGUAAGAGACCAGGACCUCCUGGCAUGGGGAGCUUACCCAGUACAGACCAAAGGAGAGCGCCCAUGAGGCCGAGCCUCGCCAAGGCAGAGAGGGGUCGUUUGGAUCACCUGGGCACCAACAGAGCAUCUCUGCUCAGCUGGGGCGUGUUGCCAGUGGGCUGCAGUUUUGGAGACAGCUAUGAAAGCCACAGAGCUCUGACUGAGGCAAGGAGGAUCAGCAAGGAAGAGGAGAAGAAGGCCUCUGCAGGACAGGGCUUUCGUGGAAAGGAAAAGGGUUAUGCUGUGAGCAGGCUUCUGCAGAGCUUUGCAGCUGACGACGGCUUUCGCUUGGAUGAGGAGAGCAGCUUCUCUGAGGGAGAGGAGGAUGAAGAGGAGGAGGCAAAAAAGCUGCUGGUCCAUCUUCCUCCCAACAUGCCUUCCAGAAUACCUGCCCUGCCAAACUGUGUGUUAAGUAAAGAGAUGUUGGUAGAUGGACUGAAGAUCCUGAUCUCCAAGGAGGAUGAGCUGCUGUAUGCCGCCUGUGUCCAAACUCUGGACCUGCCUGACAUAUUUAGUGUUGUCAUCGAAGGGGAACGCGGGAAUCGCCCCAGGAUAUACUCGCUGGAGCAGCUGCUACAGGAAGCAGUGCUGGAUGUGCGGCCCCAGACCGAGGCGAUCCUAACAGCAGGGACGCGAGUGUGUGCCUACUGGAGCGAGCGCUCCCGCUGCCUCUACCCUGGCUAUGUCCACCGAGGAGGUCCAGGUGAGGAGGAGAAGGAGGGCAGUGUGAUGGUUGAGUUUGAUGAUGGAGACAGAGGAAGGAUCUCCCUUGUGAACAUCAGGCUUCUGCCCCCCGGAUACCAAAUUCGCUGUGCUGAACCCUCUCCGGCACUUUUGAUCUCUCCUGGUCGGCGAGGUCGGCGAAGCUCCACUCAGGAGAAGAAAGAUGCAGAGAAACCAGCCAAUGAGUCUGAAGGAAAGCCUCAGGAAAAAAGACCAGUUGGCAGACCGAAGAAAAUACAUUCGGUGCCUAAGCCUGCCAGUACACCGACAUCAGUGACAGACCCCGUAACAAAAGGCAAUUCCUCCGUGCUGAACUGGUGCAUGCCCAGGAAGAGACCACCAGUGGAUUUCUUUCUCUUCAAUGGGACGUCGCGUAAGACCCAGAAAAAGAUACGAGAGCGAGACUUGGGGUUAUUUCAUCGGCCUUCCUCUCACUCUUUGGCUUCACCAACCGCUGUCAAAGGCAUCUUUGGCUCUCCUUUUGAAGUGGACUCAUUCAGUAGCAUUGCUAAUGGCUACUCUACUUUUGGAAGUAGUGGAAAUUCUGGAUCUGGGCGACCAGUUAACACAGUAGCCUCCACGGGGCUCCGAGACUCCUUGUCUUCCUCUUGCUCUUCUGCUGUCGCCACGGUUAUGACAGCUGGGAGCCGGAAGCCAGUCAGUGAACGUGACAGAAAACACUUUCUCGUGAAGUUAGACCACGAAGGAGUGACUUCUCCUAAAACAAAGAAUGGCAAAGCCUUGCUUAGACUUGGGGGGACUGGAGCGAGAAUAGGAAAGAGCCAUGCCUCCGCAGGGGCACCGCUGCGAUACAUUCAACCUUCCCUGCUGGUGAAAGAUGGCAAGAAGGGAGGAGGGGAAAGAGACAGUACCGGGGCCCGCUCUAAAGCUCUUGUAAAGGGUGUUCCACAUCUGAGAAAGGAUCUUCUCUCAGCUGGUCUUGGAGUUCAAGGUGGAGAUUACAGUUUGGAUUACCCGAGCGACUGUCCAAGCUCUUACUCCGAGUUGGAUGAGGAUGAUGAGGAUGACGGUCAAGACCCCGAAACAAGAAGAAGAGCCGUCUCAUCCCAUCGGGGUGGUCGUUUUCUGUCUCGCCACUCCAUCUGCUUCUCGUCAUCUUCCUCCUCUUCUUCCUCCUCCGGCUCCAUCUCCUCUUCGUCCCUCUGUUCCUCGGACAAUGAUUCCUCCUACUCUUCUGACGAAGAGUCCUCCUCUGUGCUGCUACGCCGCGCACUGCUCCAGCAGGACAAACAAAAGCAUAGACAGAGCAUGAAUUCGGAUCUCCUGAGCCCUGAUCUUGCCACCUCCAACUCCUCUCCGUCUUCUUCAGCUCCAGCACACAGCUAUGUGGCCAAAGCCAGCAUGGCCGUUGCAAGUUCAAAGAUGAGAACAGACAGAGCAGAAGACAGAAAGGAAUAUGUAUCGAAAGGAAUGAUGAGUAACAGCAGCAGCACAGCUAAGACCCAGCUAAAGAGGAAAGAAGGCCCCAGCACCCACCAUCAGAACCAAAGCAGUGCUGUGCACCAGCAGCUGAAUCCUGCCUCUAAGGACCCAACAACAGCUAAGAAGCAGAGGAUGUCUUCACCUGAGCCUCUGUCCAACAUGGGUCCCCUACUGCCUGGACGCCAGCUCUGGAAAUGGUCCGGCAAUCCCACACAGAGGAGAGGUCUGAAGGGUAAAGCCCGCAAGCUUUUUUACAAGGCCAUUGUGCGGGGCAAGGAGACGGUGCAUGUCGGGGACUGCGCUGUGUUCCUGUCACCCGGCCGGCCCCAGCUGCCCUAUGUGGGCAGAGUGGAGAGCCUCUGGGAGUCAUGGAGCUCCAGUAUGGUGGUCAGGGUCAAGUGGUUCUACCACCCAGAGGAGACUCGCUUGGGGAAGAGACACCUUGGCAGACCGAAGAAAUACAUUCGGUGCCUAAGCCUGCCAGUACACCCGACAUCAGUGACAGACCCCGUAACAAAAGGCAAUUCCUCCGUGCUGAACUGGUGCAUGCCCAGGAAGAGACCACCAGUGGAUUUCUUUCUCUUCAAUGGGACGUCGCGUAAGACCCAGAAAAAGAUACGAGAGCGAGACUUGGGGUUAUUUCAUCGGCCUUCCUCUCACUCUUUGGCUUCACCAACCGCUGUCAAAGGCAUCUUUGGCUCUCCUUUUGAAGUGGACUCAUUCAGUAGCAUUGCUAAUGGCUACUCUACUUUUGGAAGUAGUGGAAAUUCUGGAUCUGGGCGACCAGUUAGCACAGUAGCCUCCACGGGGCUCCGAGACUCCUUGUCUUCCUCUUGCUCUUCUGCUGUCGCCACGGUUAUGACAGCUGGGAGCCGGAAGCCACUAAGACCCGCUAAAGAGGAAGAAGGCCCCAGCAACCACCAUCAGAACCAAAGCAGUGCUGUGCACCAGCAGCUGAAUCCUGCCUCUAAGGACCCAACAACAGCUAAGAAGCAGAGGAUGUCUUCACAUGAGCCUCUGUCCAACAUGGGUCCCCUACUGCCUGGACGCCAGCUCUGGAAAUGGUCCGGCAAUCCCACACAGAGGAGAGGUCUGAAGGGUAAAGCCCGCAAGCUUUUUUACAAGGCCAUUGUGCGGGGCAAGGAGACGGUGCAUGUCGGGGACUGCGCUGUGUUCCUGUCACCCGGCCGGCCCCAGCUGCCCUAUGUGGGCAGAGUGGAGAGCCUCUGGGAGUCAUGGAGCUCCAGUAUGGUGGUCAGGGUCAAGUGGUUCUACCACCCAGAGGAGACUCGCUUGGGGAAGAGACACCGCGACGGCAAGAAUGCCUUGUAUCAGUCGAGCCAUGAGGAUGAGAACGAUGUGCAGACCAUUUCCCAUCGAUGCCAGGUGGUCAGUAAGGCCGAGUACGAUCACCUGAUGCGUGAACGCAAACCAGGCACCACGUCUAAUGACCUCUUCUAUCUGGCCGGAACCUAUGAACCAACUACGGGCCAGCUGAUCGGCGCAGAUGGCAUGGUCAUUGUGUCCUAGCACCACCAGCUAGCGAGAAAUCAGAAAACUGACCUGAUAUCUGGAGAUUUUUGGA